UCCUGCGAAACCACCAGCCUUGGAGGCAGCGGUUACAGUCGCUUUGCUUGUUAAGAUAUAGAGAGAGAUAUAUAGCUGAAUGCAUUAAGCGGUGUAGUGUGAGGGGAGAUGCCAGGAGUGUUGAUGACAGUGAGCAUUUAGAGAACAGUGGGCCUGACUGCCAGGAGGAGCAUGAGAUGGAAUUAAGAUGGCUUCCCCAACGUUGUCUUGGUGUCCCAUCAUUGAGAGCUUGAAGGACGGUAGAUUAGGUUCUCCAGUUUGUCCCAAGUGGAAGGGUCUCCUAAAACAUUUGAACAUUUAUUUCAGUGCCCUUCAAUCCUUCCUUUGGAACUUUUAAAUGAAGAAAGAGAAUUAGAGAAGAAACCCCCUCCCUGUGAAGUAGAAGGUGCAAUGCUUCUUUUUUCUUAGGGAAGGUAUAUACCUCCCUCAGCCUCACACAACCUAAGAACACUGCCAUCAUAUUAGUGGCUCAAACCCAAAGACCAAGAUCCACUUCCUUCACUCUUGACAUCCCGUCCACUUGCCAUUCUUGUCCAGUAUUGUAAAAAUUAUCCUGAGUUCAUUUCCUGACCACAACCCUCACUCAGGCCACUGUGGUUUUCCUCUUGGAUUUGUAAUUACCUCCAAAUGGUCUUUCCUAUGGUUUUGCACAGAACGAUCGUGUUUUGGGCACUUAGGAUAAAAUAGCCACGUGUCUUAACUUGAUUCUGAGGCUUCUUUACAGUCUGUCUUCCUAGCUUCAGUCAGUCAUGGGUACACCACACUCCAGAUACACUCAACUGAACAUUUCUGUUUCUCAGAGCAAGGCAGGGUUCCAUUGUUUCUUUUGAGUUUUGAGACAAGGUCUUGCUGUGUAGCCCAGGCUGACUUUGAACUUAAGCUUUAUGUAUCCUGACUGACAGUUCUCCUGCCUCAGCCUUCCGAGUGCAGGCAUGCAUUCUUUUGUUUUUUACAGUCUUGUACUGUGUCCUUUGCCUCUGCCCAAAGACAGCUGUAAUGCCAUUUUUCAGGUCUUAGCUCACUGCUUUUUCCUCAGUGGGGUUUCCCCUGGCAUGCAUACUGUGCCCCCAUUCCUCCCAUGCAUAAAUUUACAGCACCCAGUUCUAUACGUUCAUAAUAGUGAAUAUCAGCUGUGUUUACUGUUUGUUUUCAUUAUGCUAUGCACCCUUUUCUUUUUGAUCUGAGCCAAAGUAUUGAGAUUAAGCAUCUGUGUGACUCUUAGCUUUGACUCCAGUUCUGUCCUCCCCAGCUAUGUACAGUUGGGCAAAUUAUUUUCCCUUUCAUGCUCUCCAUCCCUUGUGCAAAGGUAGGGGUAAUUCCUUCUGUUACUGUAGUAAUUGCAUAACUAUUUGUAAAGUGCUUAUAACUAUUUCAGCAAGCAGACUCACUAAACCAAUAUUGGCUGUUACUAAUAUUAUUGUCUGUCUAAUGGUAUUAGAACCUAAAAUUCCAGAAAAGCAGGGACCCUCUUUAUUUACUGGUGUCCUCUGCAUAUAGAACAGUACAUGGUACAUAAUAGGUGCUGAGUAAGUACUGGUUGAAUGAAUGAAUGACAUGUUAUAAAAUAGAGGAAUGAAAUUUCAGUGGCAAGAUGGUGACAAGAACAUGCCUAGUUUUUAAUAUCCCAGCUGCCUUUAUCAACCCCUCAAAAAGUCCAUUGAAAUGUUGACUUAUUAACUAAACACAAGAAAAAUUAGUUCACAAAAUUAAAAGCAUUUGAUUAAAAUAGUCUGGAAGUAUUAGUAAGAUAGGUAAAAACAAAAAAAGUUUUUAACUUACUGGACCUAAUUCUAAGAAAAUGAUACCAUAAAGCUUUUGACUUUAACAGUGGAAACACUUAGGAAAAAGAAAGGAAGUUGAAAAGAUGUCUGUAUUAACUAGGGUUCUCCAGAGGGACAGAGCUGAUAGAGUGGAUAUAUAUUAAAGGAGAGUUUGCUAGAUUGGCUUACAUGAUGCAGUAUGAGUGUCCAUACUGAGUAGAAACCCAGUCCACAAGGCUACAUGUCUCAGCAGUCCCAAACAGUCCCAUUGUGAUUCUGAAUGCCUGAAGGAUUCCUUGAGAGCCACUGGUCUUCAGUCCACAUUGGAAGACUAAAGAAGAUGGAUUCUGAUGUCAACUAACAAUGGUAGCAGCCGGGGAGAUGAACUGGACAGGCUGAGGACGGGGAGAGGAACUGGACAGCAAGCUGAGGAUGAGGAGAUGAACUGGACAAGCUGAGAACGGGGAGAGGAACUGGACAGAAAGAUGGAAGGCAAGCAGGCCAAACCCAAGACUUUACCCUAAUGCCUUCUUUUGUCUUCUCUAUCACUAGAAGGUGCUACUCUUAUUUAGGAUGGGCCAUCCUACUUAAAAUAAUCUGAUCAAGAAAAUCCCUUACAGGUGGCCCUGUCAGCUUAUCUCUUAUUGGAUUCCAGGUCCAGUCAAGUUGACAGAAUUAGCCAUCUUCUUUCCUAAAACCUUUUUUGUUUGUUUGUUUGUUAUUGUUUUUCGAGACAGGGUUUCUCUGUGUAGCUUUGGUGCCUUUCCUGAAACUCACUCGUAGCCCAGGCUUGGCUUCGAACUCACAGAGAUCUGCCUGCCUCUGCCUCCCAUGUACUGGUGUGCGUCACCACCGCCUGGCUCUAAAACUUAAAGUUCACUUACCAGCUAACUCUCCUGGUAAAAAAAAAAUCAUAUAACUUACUAACCUGUUUUGGUUUGCUUUAGUUUACAGGCAGGGUCUUACUAUGUAACCCAGACUAGCCUCCAAUUUACUAUGUAGCUUAGGCUAGCCUCAUGGCAAUUCUCUGCCUCAGCCUCCUCUGUGCUUUUAUUUCAAACUGAUUACCACAGAAUAGUAAUUGCCCCCACCCCACCCCCAAUUCUGCCUGCAAUCAUCUUACAGCCCCCUGCUUGCUCAUUUUGUCCCUUGGCAAUGUUUCUCCCUCCCCAUCCUCCUUCUUUAGGAGAUUGUGUGUGUGUGUGUGUGUGUGUGUGUGUGUGUGUGUGUGUGUGCGCGCGCGCGCGCGCAGUUCAUGUGUGUGCCUGUGAAGGCAAUCCUCUUUCUUUAGAAGAUAUUGUCUGUGUGCAGUUCAUGUAUGUGCAUGUGCCUGUGAAGGCAAGAGGUCCAUGUCGGUGUCUUCCUCUAUUGCUUUUCACCUUUAUUUUUGAAACUGUUUCUCACUAAACCUUAAGCUAUUGGAUUGGGCUAGCUUGGCUAGCCAGAACCCUGAAAAUCCUCCUGUCUUGCCUUUCCAUCCCUGGGUUGACAGGUGUCCUCUGCUACACCUUGUUGGGGGUCAAAACUCGGGUCCUCAUGCUUGUACAACAAGCCCUUUACCAACAGAACCAUCUCCCAAGUCCUAUAAUAGAAGAUCUUUGAAUUUAGAAAUAGAAUUCUCCUCUACAAGGAUUCCUGGCCUGGCUUAUCAGGCAGGUUACCCAUGUGUCACUAGAGAUGAGGUGAUCCUGUCUGAUUCCUGGUACUCAGUCCUAUUCCCAAAACCUUCUUAGUGACACAUGUCCUGUCUCAUCUCUUGCAGAUCACACCAGCUUUAUAUGCAUCUUCAUUUUUAAUAGAGCAAAGGUAGUGUUUUAAUGUGGUAAGAUAUUAUAUGCAAUACUUGGGAUUGCAAAAUUGACUGUUUGCAUGGAGGAGACAAUGUAUGCAUUCCAGCUUCAAAGGUUAUAGAAAAAUCAUGUCCAAAGGGGAUAAAAGAAGUCUUAAAAACCUCAGAAGAGCUUGGCGGUGGUGGUGCACGCCUUUAAUCCCAGCACUUGGGAGGCAGAGGCAGGCAGAUCUUUGUGAGUUCGAGGCCAGCCUGAUCUACAGAGCGAGAUCCAGGAAAGGCACAAAGCUACACAGAGAAACCCUGUCUCGAAAAACAAAAAAACAAAACAAACAAAGAAAAAAAAAACCUCAGAAGAAAAUUUCAGAAAGUCUGGUACCUGGCAUUUAGAAGGACAGUUUGAUGAAGGCAAUGCAUCCCAUGGCUUUAGCAUAGACAAUUUAAAAAUCACUUUGAUUUUCAAUUUAAACUGGGUGUGGUGGCCCAUACCUGUGAUCCCAGUACUUCUCAGGCUGAGUCUAGAACCCUGUCUAAAAAUGUUUUUAUCAUGAGCUAGGCCUGGAUAGACACACUUUUAAUCCCAGCACUGGGGAAGCAGAGACAGAAGGAUCUCUGAAUUUGAGGUCAAUCUGGUCUACAUAGUAAGUUCCAGGAGAGCCAGGCUACAGAAGUAAGUUAUUAGUAGGAGAUGGGAACAAAGUCAACAGCUAUAUGUCAGAUUAGAAGAUUUUGUUUUAGUCACUUCCCUGAAGACAAGAUUCCACUACAGCCUCGUCUGUGCAAUCCAACAGACAACAAGAAGAAAGACCCAGGUCCCAGCAGAGGACCACGGCAGAGCCUGAGGCCCUUCAGUGCCCGGACUGAGCUAAUGCCAGAGUGCCGACUCUUAGUCAGUCAGCAAACCUGGGAAGGCUGUUCCUAUCACAUUCAUAGAAACUGACAGGUAGAUCCUGCUACAUCACACCCACAGCAAUUCAUUUAUUUAAAAAAAAUCAAUAUCUAUCAAAUAUCUACAAUCCUGUGUAGAUAUUGGAGUUUAGUAUUUAAAUUGAAGCUAUGAAGUCUAAGACCAACUGUGCUCAGAAUCCAAACUGCAGCAUAAUGAUAUUUCGUCCAACCAAAGAAGAGUUUAAUGAUUUUGACAAGUACAUUGCCUACAUGGAGUCCCAAGGGGCACACCGAGCUGGACUGGCCAAGGUCAUCCCACCAAAAGAAUGGAGAGCCAGGCAAUCUUAUGACAAUAUCAGCAACAUCUUAAUAGCCACUCCCCUGCAGCAAGUGGUGUCUGGCCAGGCAGGUGUGUUCACUCAAUACCAUAAGAAGAAGAAAGCCAUGACGGUGGGACAAUACCGUCACCUGGCCAACAGUAAAAAAUACCGGACCCCGCCACACCUGAAUUUUGAAGAUUUGGAGAGAAAAUACUGGAAGAAUCGUCUCUAUGAGUCACCAAUUUAUGGUGCAGACGUCAGCGGCUCCUUGUUUGAUGGGAAAACUCAGCACUGGAACGUGGGACACCUGGGAACAAUUCAGGACCUAUUGGAACAAGAAUGCGGCAUUGUGAUUGAGGGUGUCAACACGCCCUACCUGUACUUUGGCAUGUGGAAGACCACCUUUGCGUGGCACACGGAGGACAUGGACCUGUACAGCAUCAACUACCUGCACUUUGGGCAGCCCAAGACGUGGUAUGCGGUGCCCCCCGAGCAUGGCCGACGCCUGGAGCACCUGGCCAGGCAGCUGUUCCCGGGCAGUUCCCAGGGCUGCCAGGCCUUCCUGAGGCACAAGGUGGCACUCAUCUCACCCACUGUGCUCAAGGAGAAUGGUAUCCCCUUUGGCCGCAUGACGCAGGAGGCUGGGGAGUUCAUGGUCACCUUUCCCUAUGGCUACCACGCUGGCUUCAACCAUGGCUUCAACUGUGCAGAGGCCAUCAAUUUUGCGACCCCGAGGUGGAUCGACUAUGGCAAGGUGGCUUCUCAGUGUAGCUGUGGGGAGGCCAGGGUGAGCUUCUCCAUGGACGCCUUUGUUCGGAUCCUGCAGCCUGAGCGAUAUGAGCUGUGGAAACGUGGCCAAGAUCAGGCAGUUGUGGAUCACACAGAGACUAUGGGGUCUACCAGCCAGGAGCUUACCACCUGGCGGGUGAUCCAAUCACCGAGAAAAACUCGAGGACUGAGGCAUUUCCGGUUUCGCCAGGGCUCACACUCUCUUCUGCCUAUAGCGACUGGCAGUAAGAUUCCUUGCAGCUACAGGCAACCAUCAGAUGCCAAAGUUGGUGAGGUCCAGGAGCCUGAUCCGGCCCCAGCCACACCACCUACUCUGGGUCUAUCUUCUGGUCACGACCUGUCAACUGGAAGACGUAGUCUUGGUCGUCGUCCUUGUGAACAGGGAGCUCAGGAGUCCACCAGUGAGGCUCCAGUCAAGAGGCGCCAGCCAGCAGGAGGAGCAGACACAAGUCUGAACCCAGAGCUUCCAUCCCAGUCUGUGAGUGAGGACUUGAUAGUCAACCCUGUACCUUCGAACCCUGGCCCACAGCAUCCUGUGACAGUUUCUGAAGGUGGAUUGACCUGUGACCCCUAAACGUAUGUCCUGCCUUCCAGCUCAUUGCCUGCACUCAGGAAGCUUGCUAAGGUCAUUGCCUCAGAGUUUUGACUGAGUUUGCAGGACACUGGCCACACCUGAGAGAGCUCCUUGUCAGUUCUAAGUGCUAAACUCGCAUGCACUUUCCUCUUUGCAGAACGUGGCAAGCCUCUGGAUACUGGUAACUCCCGGGCUUCCAGCUGAGGUUUGAUUGGCCGGUCAUUUUGGGUUUCAGAGAGCUAGGUGCAGCUGAGGUUGCUUAAAACUGACCUCCCAUCCUCUAGGCCAACUGUAGAGAAAGAUGAAAAUUCAAGUUUCCCCCCCUUCCAUUUCUUGCAAAAUGUCAAACUUUUGACCAUUAGAUUAGUAGUCACAAAAAAGUAGUCACACAAAGUCAAAAGUCAUUUGAGAGUCACAGAUGACCUCUCAAACUUGGUAUAUUAAGAAUGUAUCUUACCCAGUGUUUCCAAAUAAAGGCAAAGCAGACAAA